GGUUUCCAGGCUCGCCCGCAUCGAGCCAAUUUCCCGUCUCGGGGGCUGCCGCGUCCUCUCCAUGGCCAAGCCGAGCCCGAGCCCGAGCCCCACCUCCUCGGGGGAGCUGCGCGGCCCGCGGACCUGCGACUGUGAGCUGGCCCUGCUGCCGCUGCGCCAGCUGCUGCUGCUGCAGCCCGACUGCUUCCAGCUGCGCGGGGACCAGCUGGCGGUGCUCCGCCCGCCGCGCCACCGGCCCGCCGGCGGCUUCACCGUGCUCAGCGACGGCGCCCUGCACAGCGACGGGCAGCGCCACUGCCGCCUCACCGGCCACUUCCAGAGGGAUGUAGAACUCGCCAGCCAUCGUGAUUAUAAAGACUACAGAGAAACUAUACUAAGCAGACCACUAGUAUUCUUCACAAAUGUCAGAACAAAUUGUUCCUCAAAAGUUUCAGAAAAAACAUACGCACUUAUUGUGAACACACGACAUCCUAAGAUAAGAAGACAGAUAGAGCAUGGUAUGAACACAGUAAUAUCCUCAGUGUUCGGAGAAAGUUACAGACUGCAGUUUGAUUUCCAAGAAGUUGUCAAGAAUUUUUUCCCGCCAGGAAGCCAUUUAGUUACCGGAGAAGACUUGAGCUUUUCCUAUGAGUUCAAAUCUGAUGCCCUGUUUGAUUUCUUCUAUUGGUUUGGGAUCAGCAAAAACACAGUUGCAGUGACUGGGAAAGUUUUGAAUUUUUCCAAUACCACUCCAGAAAAGAAGGAAAUAGUCACAAUGUUUCUAGAAAAAAUGAGUGAACCUUAUGUCCAUUUGAACAGUUUUUCAGACAGAAAAUUCAGUGUUACUUCAAGAGAUUCGAUAGAUGUUUUUAACUGCAGUUUGACACCACAACCAUCUUUAACAAAUCCUCCUGUGAGAGUAUGUUGAACCCCAAGAGUUCAAGAAUCAGAAGGAAGACCAAAAAAAUUCAUGAAAUUGGUAUAAAACUAAUAAGACUUUCAACUGAGAAUGCAAAUACACAUCAAUGCAUUGGCAGAAGGGAGGAGUGAGGCAGCUCUUCCUUGUUUGUGUCUUCUAGGAUACCAGGAAGGGAUUCUGCUCUAUUCUUUACUCUUCCAUCCCCCAACAUCAUCCUGUUUCUUUUGAAAUGGGCAUCUCCAGGGGAAGCAGAGUAGUCAGGGGGUAUUGUGUAGCUCCUCUUUCCAUAACUCCAAGUCUGUUUGCUUACCACUGCAACACACACUUAGUACAGAACUCUUCUGUGAUUGCUACUUCACUUGGCUUUGCCUAAUCCCAGAUGGUGAGGUGAUUAGCAUGGUUCUCCUGAAGGCUUCGCAAUGUGAGAAUAGGUCUCAAAUUGUUGGUUAGGAAACUUAUCAGUGUUCCAAUAAAGAUCCAAGUUAGGCCCUGUUAUCACUGGCCGUGGAAUCAUGUUUAAACACCUUUUUGCUGCAACUUCUUCUGAACUUUCUUACAACACUGGCCAAACUAUGUUAAGUCAAACCAUCUUCAUUAAAAAAUGUUUAAAACUAUUCUUUGAUCCCUGUCCACACAAGUAAGCCUAGCAGAGUUAUAAACUAGUUUUGCUGCAAUCUGUUUUGAUCUAUGCAUUUUUAAACAUGUUUCUGAGGCCAAUGAAGACUUGAGGACUGACAAGGCUGUGGUGAAUCUAGAAGCGGAGUAUAGUAUCCAAGAUUGUUUUCUCACUCCUGGGAACUUGAGGUCUAACUGUUGAUCUAGAAAAUUUUUGGGGGGGGGGGGGAAUCUUGUGGUUAAGGCAGAGGACAGGGAGUCAGAAGAUCUAAAUCCUGGUUUCACCUCAGUCACAUGCUGUUUAACCUCUCUGUGCAUCUAUUUACAAAAAUAUGUAAAAUGGGAAUAACAUUUCAUCUAUCUCAGGAGUGUUGAGCCUUCAUUGAUGUUUGUAAAGCCCUUCCAGAUCCUCCUAUGGGAGGUGCCAAAUGAGUCUAAUGUUGCUAUACUUGUACUUUUUUUAAAGUGGUCUGCGUAUGCUGCCAUCUCACUUGGAGGUGGCUGAAAUCUGAGACAAGAUAUGCCUUGAAGCAAGUACACUCAUCUUCUGGCACAGUAAACCAGUUAGUAAAAAUCCUAAACUUCAGUACUAUUACUUAAAUCACAGUGUGUUGUUACUUAAAAUGUUUUCCAGUUAAACUGCCGUUCUUUUAGAGGUAAAAAAAUUUCAGUAUAAAAUCCAUCAGUAGUAAUGAAUCUCUUUCCAAAAGAGUCUAACACAAAACAAGGCUGUACAUUCACUUUCUUUCAUAGUGUGAGAUUUUUAGCUGAAAUUUGUUUGUCGUCUUUUAUCAUGUGCAUUUUACUGGGUAGUAUUUAAAGUGCAAGAUGGGUCAUGACUUUCAAAACUUUUAAAAAUCAGCCACAGUUAACAAUGGUUGAGCCAUACAUCAUUUUCCCCCAUUGAAUAAUUGAUCAUGGAAGAACUUCUUGAGAAACAGAUGCAUAAAGUACACAUGGCUCCUGAGGUUAAAAUGACUGACAUUCUUGAUGACUUGGUGGAAGACUAAAUUUCACAGUAUUUUGUACAAAAUUCCAGAUAUUGGUGAGAAUCCACAUUGUCAUGGACACUGGGAGCACCCUGGUAAUUACUUUGAUUCAUAAAGAAAGACUUUUGGUAGCUGAGGCCUUGCCUCUCUGCCACAAAAUUCUUCUUUCUUUCCAGAAUACCUGUAAAGCAGGCCUUGGAGACUAUAGUAAGAGAAGUCUUACAUCUUGCAAAGUUUAGACUGAAUAACUUAUGAAAAAUGGGAUUUUGAAGAUGCUUAAUAGGUUUUCAGUUAUGCAAUUUGACAUAGAGACAGCUGGCCCUGGUGACUAAUUUUUUCUAUGUCUGGUGUCUGAGUAAAAGUGACUAGUAAUAAACCUAAUAUACCAUAUCCUUUAUAAUCAACAUUGUAAUGAAGUUCUUUAUUUUACUGCUGACCUUUGUGUAAUUUCAUUAAGCUCAUGUAUACUGUACAGAAGUCUUCUACUGUUUGAAGCUGUCUAGUACUGUAUAUACUUACUCAAAUACCUUAAUUUUGCUUGUUCAGAAAAAAUCCUAUGAAGAGUGGAAUAAUAGAAUACAGCAUUAAAUUUUGCUGGAAUCCAUCUAUAAAGGGACUAGUCAAACUUUUAAAUAUCUUGCUUAUUUUAGACAUUUUCUAAUAUUGCAGUGUAUAGGACCACACAACUAUCUUGUACAUUUUUUGUACUUUGUUUAAAAUAGGUUAUUUCCAGUUCUAAAGAUUUGUUUUUAAUGUAUGAUUCUACCUGUGUAAGCAUGUGCCAAAACUGGGGCUGUUAAACAAUUAAAUUAAACUGUUUAAAUAGUA